AGACCGUUAUUUUCUCGGCCUGCCGGCGCGGCGGCCUCACCUCCACCCGCCCCGUCCCGUUUUGACGGCCCUUUCUCCCCUCUCCUCCGCGAGCGCCGCCGCAGUAGAACCCGGUGGUAACCCACUGCCGCAAGCAUCCCACCGCGCCGAGCUACGCGACGGACGCGGCGCGCGGCCCACAACCCAACCGCAGCGGCAACAACCGCUCUAUAAAGCAAUCCCCCCACCUACCGGCUCCGCGGCCUCGUUCGCUUCGCUUUCCCCCAAAUCCACCGCGGGCUCGAGCUCGGAGGAGAGGAGACGAGACGACCCAAGACUUUCUCACCCCCCUUUGCUUCCUGCGCAAUUCCUGCGGCAGCGCCUUUCUCUCUUUCAAUGGACAGCGACUACGUUGCCAGCCUGCUCAUGGGCAUGGGCUCAUCCGCCCCUGCGCUCGACUUCGCCGCGCUGGACGCCGGGUUCCUCGAAACGCUCUGCGGCGGCGGCGGCGGCCUCUUCGGGGUGUCCGGGGUCGCCGCGGGGGCCGGGUGUGGCGGCGUGUCCCCGGAGGGGUCGUCGGUGUCCGACCCGGCGUGGGCGCGCGCCAGGGGCGAUGACAAUGUCAGGAAGCGCAAGGCGCCGCCCACGGGGUCCGCCGGCGGCAAGGAAGCCUGCCCGGGCAAGGCUGCGGAGGCCAAGGGUCCGGACGGGAAGAGGUGCAGAGUGGGCGGCAGCGACAGCCCGGUGAAGCCGAAGGUAGAGGAGGUGGCGGCGAGCGACGCCUCGGUUGAACUCAAAGCGCAGAAGAAGGGCAAGGGGAAGACCGCCAAGCCGGCAGUCGAACCGCCCAAGGACUACGUCCAUGUCCGGGCGCGGCGAGGGCAGGCGACUGACAGCCACAGCCUCGCAGAGAGGGUUAGAAGAGAGAAGAUCAGCCAGAGGAUGAAGUUUCUGCAGGACCUAGUGCCAGGAUGCAACAAGGUAGUUGGCAAGGCACUCAUGCUCGAUGAGAUCAUAAACUACGUCCAGUCUCUGCAGCAGCAAGUCGAGUUCCUGUCCAUGAAGCUCGCCACUGUGAACCCACAGCUUGACUUCAGCAACCUGUCGACACUCCUACACAAAGACAUGUACCAACCAUGUGGCCCUUCGGCAAAUUCGGUCUUUCCACUGGAAAGUGACGGUGCAGCUUUCCCAUUCUGUGACCAAGCGGAUCUUUUCCACAGCUUUGGUUCGGGUUCGGCUGCUAUGGAGGAUCAGUGCUCUCUAAGCCUGCUAGACACGGCUCUGCCCCACGCGGCCAACCCACAGUUCGCUUUUCAAAAGCAGAGGGACUUCUGGGAGGAUGGCCUACAGAACGCCUUGCCUACCGGUAGUGAGCAAAGACAGGAGGAGGAUGGGCUUUUAGUACCCAACUUUGAUGGCCAGUUACAUGCUGACCAGACAAAGGUUGAGUUCUAGUCCCUGGUGAUCCUCCCAAGGUUGAUAUUUUUGUAUAUAGGUGGGUACCAAGACCUGUGGCAAGCAAAGCGCUCUCUCUCUCUGUGUGUCCGAAGCUGACCAUCAUUAGAGUCUAGGCCUGCGAACUGAUUUCGUUCCGUGAUAAUGCUGCAUGUAUGGCAUCUCGGUUCUUCCCACAGAGAUCAUGUGAUGUGAUCGACCUCGAGAAAUUAAAAGUAGAUUGUGUACUAGAUAUGGCGCAAAUAUUACAUGCGCCAUCUUCUAAAGUUGUACUGAUUGGUAUGUAAGGGCGCUGGGUGGUGUUGGAACGGAUACCGUGUACUGUUUUGUUGCUUUUUUUUCUCUAGUAUUAAUGAUUAUGAUGACGAAAGUCCAAGUAUCCUCUCA